AUGGCGAUCGACCUGCGGAUGACCGGUUUUCAGGACAGCCUGGACAAAGCCAUGGGCCGGGUGCGCGCGGUGCUCGACGCGGCAAGGUGCCCCUGCUUCGCCUCGGAUGCACACCACCAGUACUCCGACAAGUACCUCCUCGCCGAGUUCAUGACGCGCGCUGCGAUGGCCUCCCAGGUGAAUUGCCUGUCAACGCUGGGCCUCGAUGCCGAGAGGCUCUCGCGGCUUCGUGCCUGGGCGGCAUCGCAGGCCGUUUUUUCCUGGAGUUCACCGCCGAAGAGCGCUGCGGUUUUGCCCGGGAGGGCACCCGAGAGGUGGCGAGUGCGACGAAGGUUGUGGAUGAGGUGUCCGUCAUGGGCUCGGUCCGAAGCGCGCUGA